CAUUCCCACCCAAAUCAUCCGACUUGUUCCGUUGACUCACUCCAGAUCUAGCUCGUCGAGCCCUGCUACUACUGCCGGUCGCCGUCGGCGGUUCGAGAAACCUCCAUAUCAAAAGCAGCAGAUGCAAAGAAAGAGAGGACCUUUUUCUGCUUGUGCUUCUGGGCAUGAUGAUGUUGGUGCGUACGGGAUUCAGAGCAGCUUUGGUGGCAGAGAUGGUGUCAUUUUGGAUUUGCAUAAGCGACUUGGGUUGAGACUUGGGUCCGGCGGCGGUGAUGGGUUGCUUUGGCAUACUGACUUGAAGCCUCACGCCUCCGGUGACUACUCGAUCGCUGUGGUUCAGGCCAAUUCGAGCCUUGAGGAUCAGGGACAGGUGUUUACCUCUCCCUCUGCCACGUACGUCGGCGUGUAUGACGGUCACGGCGGACCGGAAGCUUCUAGAUUCGUCAACAAGAAUUUGCCAUGGAACAAGGUGGGUUAUCUGUGGAUGUGAUAAAGAAGGCGUUCAGUGCCACUGAGGAGGAGUUUCUGCGUUUGGUGAAGCGAUCGUGGCCGAUGAAGCCGUCAAUUGCUUCUGUCGGGUCAUGUUGUUUGGUCGGGGCUAUAACAAAUGACGUUCUGUAUGUUGCGAAUCUGGGGGAUUUGAGAGCAGUCCUUGCAAAUGAG